ACGCAUCAAUCAAUCAAGUCCUAAAUUGUAAAGAGAUUUUGCUGCAAGAAGUAUAUGUAAAGAGAAAAACGAGUAUUUAUGUCAGAAAGUGAACUAAAAUGGUAGCAAUUAGUACGAGAUUAUACGAUGAUUGGGGAAAAAACCGGAGGUUCGCAUUGGUUUCGACGAAUCGAGGUUGAUUGACCUACCCAACCAGCCGGAGACUUCAACGUUGUUUCUGCCACUACCCACCAAAAACUUCACUUGUUGGCAUUUCUUGGUUCUUCUCCGUUGAAAAUUUUAUCGCAUUCUCCAUGAAUUAGCAGACACACUGGAUAUUCUAGUACAAUUUAAAGACCCCUCAUCUGUACCGUUGAAUUUCACCAUGAUGAACCUGAAUUCCUGUUAUUUAUCAAGUUCGCUUGAUCCAAGACUUGCUUUGAGUCAUUUGUCGUUUAAUCAGCAUAGAUUGAUCGACUCCAGGUUGUUCUUUAAGAAAUGUGGAGCGUUUGCCACCGGAAAUCGAAAAUUUCGAGUUUACUGCGACUCCAAGACAAAAGAAAUGCAGAUCAGAAAGUUUUCUCCAAUUUUAGAAAGUGACUUGCUAUCAGGAAAUGAGGUCUUACCUUCUAAUGGGUGGCAAGUAGUUCCUGACAUUUGGAGGACUUCUGCAGAAAAAUUUGGUAAUCGCAUAGCAUUGGUGGACCCAUACCAUGAUCCCCCAACGAAUAUGACUUAUAAACAGCUAGAGCAAGAAAUUUUGAACUUCUGUGAAGGUCUGAGAGUCAUUGGAUUAAAACCAGAGGAAAAGCUUGCAAUCUUUGCUGAUAAUUCCUCUCGGUGGCUUGUUUCAGAUCAAGGUAUCAUGGCCACUGGAGCAAUCAAUGUUGUGAGAGGUACGAGGUCAUCUGUUGAAGAGCUUUUGCAGAUAUACAACCACUCUGAGAGUUGUGGACUUGUGGUGGAUGAUCCUGAAAUGCUUAACCGGAUUUCAGAGACCUUUUACUCCCGAGCUGCAGUGAGGUUUGUCAUUUUGCUAUGGGGAGAGAAAUCAAGCAUAAAAAAUGAAGCAGCAGGAGAAAUCCCUAUUUAUAGUUAUAAGGAGAUAAUAGAUUUGGGUCAUGAAAAUCGUGAAGCUUUACGUCAUUCUCAAGAUGCUAGGAAGCAAUAUAUUUAUAAAACUAUAAGCUCUGGUGAUGUUGCUACACUUGUAUAUACAAGUGGGACCACCGGAAAUCCUAAAGGUGUUAUGCUCACGCACAAGAAUCUGCUGCACCAGAUUACAAAUUUAUGGGACAUUGUGCCGGCUGUUCCUGGGGAUAGAUUUUUGAGCAUGCUUCCACCUUGGCAUGCAUAUGAACGAGCUUGCGAGUAUUUCAUAUUUACACAUGGAAUUGAGCAAGUAUACACCACAGUGAAGAAUCUAAAGGAAGAUUUGCGUCGUUAUCAACCUCAUUAUGUUAUUUCUGUCCCUUUAGUGUAUGAGACACUUUACAGUGGGAUUCAGAAACAGAUUAGUACGAGUUCUGCUGCUCGUAAACUUGUUGCUCUUCUAUUCUUGAGGAUCAGUUUAGCAUAUAUGGAGGCCAAGAGAAUUUAUGAGGGGAAAUGUCUGGCCAGAAACCUUGCACAACCUUCUCAGCUUUCUGCAUUUUUUGACUGGUUGUUGGCAAGGAUCAUUGCUGUGAUAUUGUGGCCACUACAUGCAUUAGCGAAGAAAAUCGUCUAUAGUAAAAUUCAUUCUUCUAUUGGAAUAUCCAAGGCUGGUAUAAGUGGAGGUGGCAGUUUGCCUCCGCAUGUUGAUAAAUUUUUUGAGGCAAUUGACAUAAAGGUUCAAAAUGGAUAUGGUUUAACAGAGUCAUCACCGGUUGUUGCGGCUCGACAUCCGUAAUGUAAUGUUCUUGGUUCAAUUGGACAUCCUAUUCGACAUACAGAAAUAAAAGUUGUUGAUGCUGAAACAGAUGAGGUUCUUCCUUAUAGCUCAAAAGGCAUUGUCAAAGUAAGGGGGCCACAAGUGAUGAAGGGUUAUUACAAGAAUCCCGAGGCGACAAGACAAGCUAUAGAUGAGUAUGGCUGGCUAAAUACUGGUGAUAUUGGUUGGAUUUCUCCUCCUCAUUCUAGAGGACGAAGUCGUCAAGCUGGAGGUGUAAUUGUUCUUGAAGGACGUGCAAAAGAUACAAUAGUUCUUUCAACAGGCGAAAAUGUUGAGCCAUCAGAGAUUGAAGCUGCUGCCCUGAGAAGUAGCCUUAUUCAGCAGAUCGUUGUCAUUGGCCAGGAUCAAAGACGACUUGGAGCUAUAAUUGUCCCGAACAAAGAAGAGAUUCUCUUAGAAGCUAAAAGGCUGUCCAUUGUGGAAUCUAAUGCCUCGGAGCUUAGCAAGCAGAAACAGAUCAACAUGUUGCAUGAAGAGUUGAGAAAAUGGACCUCGGAUUGUUCAUUUCAAGUUGGGCCGAUCCUCGUGCUUGAUGAGCCGUUCACGAUUGAUAGCGGUUUAAUGACACCUACAAUGAAGAUACGGAGAGACCGGGUUGUGUCUUUGUACAAAGAGCAAAUAGACAACUUGUACAAGGGAGUUGCCUGAUACAGGUUCUUUAUAUGCUUAAAUAAGAGCUUGUGUGUGUCCAUAUAAACCUUCUACUUAUCAACUGGAGACAAGAAUCCCAAACAUUUAGAAUUUUGAACUAUAUUUGUAUUUGUAUAUCUAUACAUCUGGUUGAAGCUUACAGAUCAUGACCUAUCUUUUUGAUAAUAUAAUAAUUCGACUUGUCCUAA